AUGAUCGCCGACGAUUGGUUAAAAAUCAAAACCAACAAAGAAUUGAAUACCAUGAUAAAAAAUGCACAGAAUGCCCGUGCCAUCAUUAUGUUUGGAUAUUUUCUCAUGGUUGUAGGCUUCACUUUAUUAGCAAUUCUACCUUGCUUUGGGAAAUCAAUGAGAUAUAUCACAAAUAUCACUGACCCGGAUAAAAUCUUGCCACUUCAAACCUACUAUUUAUAUGACAAAAAUCAAAGUCCAUACUUUGAGUUCACAUUCGCAGCACAAUGCCUCAUAAUCUUAAUAGCUGGUGCAUCUUACAGCGGCGUAGAUAACUUGCUUGGAUUAUUGAUAUUUCAUUUAUGCGGUCAAAUAGAGAAUCUUAAAGAACGGUUAAUCAACAUAAGACAUAAAACAUUUAACAAUGGUAUCGCUUUCAUCGUCAAGGAUCAUAUACGACUGAUCAAAUAUUUCAAUAUUGUUGAAAGCACUUUUACCCUAUUAUUGCUCGCGUUGCUACUUUAUUUCGGCAUUUUAUUCUGUCUAUAUGGCUUCUUAAUCAUUACAAUAUUGACAGAAAGGAGAGAAAUGUCGAUGAUGCGUUUUAUAUAUCUCAUCUCUGUCGUGUUAAACAUUUGCGGCCACAUGGGUCUAUAUUGUGUAGUAGGUGAGAUUCUGGUAACGCAAUGCGAAGGUAUAUAUUACGCUGCAUAUAAUUAUGAAUGGUACGAAUUGAAACCAGAAGAAGGUAAAACUUUGCUUUUAAUAAUGAUUCGAGCUAGCAAACCUUUAUACAUCACAGCUGGGAAAAUGUUUCCAAUGACGUUAUCAAUGUUCUGCAAUUUGAUAAAAACAUCAGCUGGUUAUGUAUCGGUUCUACUUGCCAGACAAAGUUUGUAAAACCAA